AAUCGCUAAACGUCAGUUUCACAGUGAAAGAGUGAAAAAAUUGGGUGCGGUGGCCAAAAAGAUUUGCCUGAGAGAAAAAUAAAAGUCUUGAAUUGAAAAUUCUUUAAUUUAAUUGAGAAUUAGUUCCUUGGAGUAAGUGGACUUCACACAGAAUUAUUUUAUUGCGCACCUGCUAAAAGCCUUUUUAUACAUCACAAUAAAAAUAAUUAAAACAGUUAAGUUGGACACUUAACCAUGGAUCAGAUUCCACCACCAAAAGAGGUUAAGAUCCUCGAAACUGCUGAGGAUAUUCAAGAGAGACGUCAGCAAGUUCUGACUCGAUAUGACAACUUUAAAGCCGACGCUAGAGCCAAGAGAGAGAAGCUAGAAGACUCUAGGCGCUUUCAAUACUUUAAACGCGAUGCUGACGAGCUUGAAUCCUGGAUCUUGGAGAAGCUGCAAGCUGCAUCUGAUGAAAGCUACAAAGAUCCCACCAACUUGCAGGCUAAAAUCCAGAAACAUCAGGCUUUUGAGGCUGAAGUAGCUGCCCACAGCAACGCGAUCGUCGUGCUUGACAAUACCGGACGUGAAAUGAUCAACCAGAACCACUACGAAUCAGAAACUAUCCGAAGACGUUUGGACGAAUUACACCGCCUCUGGGAACAGCUUCUGUCCAAAUUGGCCGAAAAGGGAAUGAAAUUGCAACAAGCUUUAGUCUUGGUACAAUUUAUUAGACAUUGCGAUGAAGUCAUGUUCUGGAUCAAUGAGAAGAGUGCAUUUCUAUCCACUGAAGAAUUCGGACAUGAUCUUGAACAUGUCGAAGUACUCCAAAGGAAGUUCGACGAGUUUCAGAAAGACAUGGCCUCCCAGGAAUACCGCGUAACUGAAGUUAAUGAAUUAGCGGAUAGGCUUUUGCAAGAAGGCCACCCGGAAAGAGAUCAAAUUAACACACGCAAAGAAGAAUUGAAUAACGCUUGGCAACGUUUGAAGCAAAUGAGCCUUAUGCGUCAAGAUAAGCUCUAUGGUGCUCAUGAAAUUCAGAGAUUCAAUCGUGAUGCUGAUGAAACGGUUGCCUGGAUUUCUGAAAAAGAUGUAGUCUUAUCAUCUGAUGACUAUGGUAGAGAUUUGGCAAGUGUUCAGGCGCUUCAACGUAAACACGAAGGCGUGGAAAGGGAUCUGGCUGCUUUAGAAGAUAAAGUGGUGACUUUGGGCAAAGAGGCUGAAAGAUUGUGCGGAAUCCAUGGCGACCAUGCCGACCAAAUUCAAGCAAAGCGAGCUGAAAUCGAAGACUAUUGGCAGAGCCUUACUGCUAAGGCUAAAGAACGCCGAGAAAGACUCGAAGAGUCCUAUGCCUUGCACCGUUUCCUUGCUGACUUCAGAGAUCUGGUCUCUUGGAUAAACGAUAUGAAAGCAAUCAUCUCAGCUGAUGAGCUGGCCAAAGAUGUUGCUGGAGCUGAAGCUUUGCUAGAACGUCACCAAGAACACCGUGGUGAAAUUGACGCUAGGGAAGACAGCUUUGGAACCACCAUUGCGGCAGGAAAGAACCUUUUGGAAAAAGGUCAUUAUGCUGGAGAUGAAGUUAAAGAGAAAUUGUCGAUGUUGGAGUCAGAUAAAAGGUCGUUGCUGGCUUUGUGGGAUGAGAGAAGGAUUUUGUACGAACAGUGUUUAGAUUUGCAAUACUUCUAUCGUGAUACUGAACAAGCUGACACAUGGAUGGCUAAACAGGAAGCUUUCCUGGCAAAUGAAGACUUGGGUGACUCUUUGGAUUCAGUAGAAGCUUUGAUAAAGAAACAUGAAGAUUUUGAAAAGAGUCUUGCGGCACAAGAGGAAAAAAUUAAAGCUCUCGAUGAAUUUGCUACAAAGUUGAUUGAUGGUGAACAUUAUGCUGCCGACGAUGUGGCUCAACGUCGUGCGAUGCUGCUGGAACGCAGAAAGGCUUUAAAAGAAAAGUCGAGCAAACGAAGGGAACUCUUGGAAGACGCUUAUAAGCUACAACAGUUUGAAAGGGAUUGUGAUGAGACCAAAGGAUGGAUUAAUGAAAAACUUAAGUUUGCUCUAGAUGAGAGUUACUUGGAUCCAACCAAUCUUGGGGGAAAGGUUCAAAAACACCAAAACUUCGAACAAGAAUUGAGCGCGAACAAAACCAGAAUGGAAGAAAUUACUUCUACUGGUCAGAACCUCGUUGAAGCAAACCACUAUGCUGCUCCAAGGAUACAAUCGCGAAUGGAAGAAAUCGUGCAACUUUGGGAAACUUUAGUUCAGGCUACUGAUAAGAAAAACUCAAAGUUGCAAGAAGCAAGUCAACAACAGCAGUUUAACAGAACCAUCGAGGAUAUUGAGUUGUGGCUGAGCGAAAUUGAAGGACAACUAUUAUCUGAGGACUAUGGUAAAGAUUUGACGAGUGUUCAAAAUCUGCAGAAGAAACAUGCUCUUUUAGAGUCAGAUGUUGCAUCACACCAAGACCGUAUUGAAGCCAUUACUUCAGCAGCUACCCAGUUUGUCGAGAGAGGGCAUUUCGAUGCCGAUAACAUCGCACAUAAGCAAAAAGUACUUACUGAACGCUAUGCCGCCCUACAAACCCCUAUGGCUGUUAGGAAGCAGAGACUUUUAGACUCGUUGCAAGUUCAACAGUUGUUCCGAGACAUUGAAGACGAAGAAUCUUGGAUUCGUGAAAAAGAACCAGUAGCAGCAUCGACUAACAGAGGACGCGACUUGAUUGGAGUUCAAAAUUUGAUUAAGAAACAUCAAGCUGUUAUGGCGGAGAUCAACAAUCACGAUGGUAGAAUUGCCGCAGUCAUCGAGGCCGGCAAACAAAUGACUGAAGAUGAACAUUUUGCCAGUGAUGAAAUCAGAAACCGAGUUACCGCCCUAAGUGAGCAUUGGGAACAAUUGAAAGAAAAAGCGCAUCAACGCAAACAAGAUUUGGAAGAUUCACUGCAAGCGCAUCAAUAUUACGCUGACGCGAACGAGGCGGAGUCUUGGAUGAAAGAAAAGGAACCGAUUGUGGCCAAUACGGAUUACGGUAAAGACGAAGAUUCUUCUGAGGCUUUACUAAAGAAACACGAGGCUCUGAUGAGCGAUUUAAUCGCUUUUGGAAACACUAUUGAGUCCCUUAAGGAGCAAGCGAGAAAUUGCAGACAGCAAGAGCCGCCAGUAGUCGAUGUAACAGGCAGAGAAACCGUUCAAGCCCUAUACGAUUACACUGAAAAAUCUGCUAGGGAAGUAUCCAUGAAAAAAGGUGACUUACUUCAUCUGCUGAACUCCAACAACAAAGACUGGUGGAAGGUAGAAAUUCAUGAUCGGCAAGGAUUCGUGCCCGCGGCAUAUGUUAAAAAAGUGGAAGCGGGUCUUACAGCUUCACAACAGAAUCUUAUCGAGAACAGCUCGAUUUCCGCACGUCAACAGCAAAUUAAUACCCAAUACGAAAGACUUUUGGCUCUGGCCAGCGAACGUCAAGAGAAACUCAACGAAACCGUAAAAGCGUACGUUUUGGUCAGGGAAGCCUCCGAAUUGACCAACUGGAUUAAGGAUAAGGAAAUGCAUGCGCAAGUUCAAGAUGUCGGUGAAGAUUUGGAGCAGGUCGAGGUGCUCCAAAAGAAGUUUGACGAUUUCCAAACCGACUUGAAAGCAAACGAGGUGCGUUUGGCUGAAAUGAAUCAAAUCGCUAUGCAGUUGGUGUCUCUCGGUCAGACCGAAGCUGCUUUGAAAAUCAGAACCCAAUUGGACGACUUGAAUACUAAGUGGACCAGUUUGCAACAACUUACUUCGGAAAGGGCCAGUCAGCUGGGAUCUGCUCAUGAAGUACAAAGAUUCCACCGUGAUGUUGACGAAACCAAGGAUUGGAUUCAAGAAAAAGACGAAGCUCUUAACAAUGAUGAUCUUGGAAAGGAUUUGCGUAGUGUGCAGGCCUUGCAAAGGAAACAUGAGGGAUUGGAACGGGAUUUGGCUGCUUUAGGAGACAAGAUUAAGCAAUUAGAUGAUACCGCCAACCGUCUAAAACAAUCCCAUCCCGAGCAAGCGGAGCAAACGAUUCAAAAACAACGCGAAAUCACAGAGCUAUGGACUCAGAUCACCGCCAAAGCUCAUUCGCGUAAAGAGAAAUUGCUGGACUCUUACGAUCUUCAAAGAUUCCUCAAUGAUCAUAGAGAUUUAUUAGCCUGGAUCAAUUCCAUGCUGGGCUUGGUAAGCUCCGAGGAAUUGGCCAAUGAUGUUACUGGAGCCGAGGCUCUUAUGGAAAGACACCAGAGCUGCAAGGCAGAAAUUGAAACCCUCUAUGGAUAUCCGCAGGAGCACCGUACUGAAAUUGACGCCAGAGCCGGCACAUUCCACGCCUUAGAGCAAUUUGGUCAUCAGCUUCUCCAAUCCAACCAUUACGCCUCCCCCGAAAUCCAAGAGAAACUGGAACAACUGCACCAGGCCAGAGCCGACUUAGAAAGAGCCUGGAUCGACCGCAGGCUUCGUUUGGAUCAGAAUCUGGAACUUAAUCUGUUCUAUAGAGAUUGCGAGCAAGCAGAAAACUGGAUGAGCGACAGAGAAGCCUUCUUAGCGUCAGACGAGGUCGAUUCUAACGGAGAUAAUGUCGAAGCACUUAUUAAGAAACAUGAAGAUUUCGAUAAGGCUAUUAAUGCUCAUGAAGAAAAGAUUGCGACAUUGCAGACCCUGGCCGAUCAACUGAUCGCGAGAGAUCAUUAUGAUUCUGACGCUAUCGAUAAAAAGCGCAAGCAAGUGUUCGAGAGGUGGCAUCAUCUUAAGGACGCUUUGAUCGAUAAACGUUCGAAACUUGGUGAAAGUCAGACAUUACAACAAUUUUCGAGAGAUGCCGAUGAGAUUGAGAACUGGAUUGCAGAGAAAUUGCAAUUGGCUACAGAAGAAAGUUACAAGGACCCAGCAAAUAUCCAAUCUAAACAUCAAAAACAUCAAGCGUUUGAGGCAGAACUGGCCGCUAAUGCAGACCGUAUACAGAGCGUGCUUGCCAACGGUGGUAAUUUAAUUGACAAGAAGCAAUGUGCUGGAUCUGAAGAGGCUGUCAGAAAGAGACUCGAGUCUAUUGCUGAACAAUGGGAAUUCCUCACCCAAAAGACUACGGAGAAAUCAAUGAAACUUAAGGAAGCCAACAAACAAAGAACUUACAUUGCUGCCGUGAAAGAUUUAGAUUUCUGGCUCGGCGAGGUUGAGAGUUUGCUGACCAGCGAGGAUGCAGGAAAAGAUUUAGCCUCGGUACAGAACUUUAUGAAGAAACAUCAACUGGUGGAAGCCGACAUUCAGCACCAUGAAGACCGAAUUAAAGAUAUGAACGAUCAAGCUGAUUCAUUAAUCGAGUCUGGACAAUUUGACACCGCAUCCAUUCAAGAAAAACGACAAUCGAUUAACGAACGUUACGAACGAAUCAAGAAUUUAGCUGCACACAGGCAAGCCAGGCUUAACGAAGCAAACACUCUUCAUCAGUUCUUUAGGGACAUUGCUGAUGAAGAAUCUUGGAUCAAAGAAAAGAAAUUGUUGGUUGGAAGCGACGAUUAUGGGCGUGAUCUUACUGGUGUCCAAAAUCUUAAGAAAAAACACAAACGUCUGGAAGCGGAGUUGGCAUCUCAUGAGCCGGCGAUUCAGUCAGUUCAGGAAGCCGGAGAAAAACUUAUGGACGUAUCGAAUCUGGGUGUACCAGAAAUCGAACAAAGGUUAAAAGCCCUCAAUCAAGCCUGGGCUGAACUGAAACAGUUUGCUGCCACCAGAGGUCAGAAAUUGGAUGAAAGUUUGACGUACCAACAAUUCCUUACCAAGAUGGAAGAAGAGGAAGCUUGGAUUAGCGAGAAACAACAACUUCUUAGCGUUGAAGACUAUGGAGACUCUAUGGCCGCCGUACAAGGCCUGCUGAAAAAACACGAUGCUUUUGAAACGGACUUCCAAGCUCAUAGAGGUCGAUGCAAGAACAUCUCGGAAGAAGGCGCUGAACUGGUCGCAGCCGGAAAUCACCAUGCAGAAAGUAUUAAUCAGCGUUGCCAGCAAUUGCAAACUAAGCUGGACCAUUUGGCUGCGUUGGCCGCUAGAAGGAAGGCUAAGCUUGUUGAUAACUCCGCUUACUUACAAUUUAUGUGGAAGGCCGAUGUGGUUGAAAGCUGGAUCGCUGAUAAGGAAACUCACGUCAAAAGUGAAGAAUUUGGUAGAGACUUGUCUUCUGUGCAGACCUUGUUGACUAAACAAGAAACUUUCGAUGCAGGUUUAACUGCCUUUGAACAUGAAGGCAUCCAAAACAUCACCGCAUUGAAAGACCAACUGGUCGCCGCCAACCACGACCAGACUGCCAGUAUCGUGCAACGCCACGCCGAUGUUAUCGCUAGAUGGCAGCGUCUGUUAUCUGAUUCGGACGCUAGAAAACAACGUUUACUUAGCAUGCAAGAACAAUUCAAGCAAAUCGAAGAACUUUUCCUGUUGUUCGCAAAGAGAGCUUCGGCAUUUAACUCUUGGUUCGAAAACGCCGAGGAAGAUUUAACUGAUCCCGUUCGGUGUAACUCUAUCGAGGAAAUUAGAGCUUUGAGAGAUGCCCAUGCUCAAUUCCAGGCUUCACUCUCAAGUGCCCAGGCAGACUUUGAUGCCUUAGCAGAAUUGGAUCGUCAAAUUAAAUCUUUCAAUGUUGGACCAAACCCUUAUACUUGGUUCAACAUGGAGGCUCUGGAAGAGACAUGGAGAAAUCUACAAAAGAUUAUCUCUGAGAGAGACGCCGAACUGGAUAAAGAGGCGCAGCGACAGGAAGAGAACGAUAAACUAAGAAAGGAGUUUGCCAAGCACGCCAAUGCUUUCCAUCAAUGGUUGACUGAGACUCGAACCUCAAUGAUGGAAGGAUCAGGCUCCCUUGAACAGCAACUCGAGGCGACCAAACGUAAGGCGGCGGAAGUUAGAGCUCGUAGAUCCGAUUUGAAGAAAAUUGAAGAUUUAGGAGCAAUAUUAGAAGAACAUCUUAUUUUGGACAACAGAUACACCGAACAUUCCACAGUAGGUUUAGCGCAACAGUGGGAUCAACUGGACCAAUUAGGAAUGAGAAUGCAACAUAACUUAGAACAGCAAAUACAGGCUCGUAACCAAUCAGGAGUUAGUGAAGAUGCACUGAAAGAAUUCUCGAUGAUGUUCAAACACUUUGACAAAGAAAAAUCUGGAAAAUUGAACUUGCAAGAGUUUAAGAGCUGCCUCAGAGCACUUGGGUAUGACUUACCCAUGGUAGACGAGGGACAACCGGAUCCAGAGUUUGAUGCUAUAUUAAAUAUUGUGGAUCCGAACAGAGAUGGUUACGUUUCUCUGCAAGAGUACAUGGCGUUCAUGAUUAGCAAAGAGACUGAAAACGUACAGAGCUCGGAAGAGAUUGAAAAGGCAUUUAGAGCUAUUACGGCGGGCGACCGUCCUUACGUCACGAAGGAAGAAUUAUAUGCCAAUCUUACCAAGGAAAUGGCCGACUACUGCGUGGCCCGCAUGAAACCUUACGUGGAACCCAAAACGGAGCGACCUAUAGCGGGCGCUUUGGAUUACAUAGAUUUUACCCGGACGCUAUUUCAAAAUUAAUAACUGUUCUUUUUAGCUUUUAAUUUUAUAUUUAAAAAAAAAACUGAAAAAAAAAACAAAAAAAAUAGUAGAGUGCACCAUUACUAUUAUUAGCUUAAGCUUAAAUAAUAUACUUAAAAUAAUAAAAAAUAUAUAUUAUUAUUUUGAAGAUUAUUACUUAUUAUACAGUAUUGAUUUAAAUUGAGUAGACAGUUGGUUUUCGGCUUUUGCUUUGACUCGCCUUUUUGCGCAAUAUGAAGAAGCAUUUCUUUAAAUGUUAACGACAGCUACUCUGUUGGAAAGUAAUAAUUUAUAAUAAGGUUGGUAUUGUGUUCUUUUUUGUACUUUUAUUUAUUGUUAAUUAUAAGGCAGCAAGCGCAUUUCGUCUUCUACCAAAAAAUAUAUAUAACUUUUGCUUUUGAAAAAUUA